UGCUGACGGACGGUACAACGGUUUGGCGCGCAACUGUGUGGAGUURUUAGAAAAUAAUAAAAACAAAUGCAUUCGCSCUAGUGAAUAGCUUGCCACUGAAAUUGAAUAAUCGCUGUUGAGGGACUUUUUUUUCGCGAAAUCGGAAAUUYGUUACGAUUUGCAUGUUUUAACUGUAUUGCCGGAAGUGUAACGAAAUCGAAGCGAACGCAACGAACGUCGAAGCAAAAUUAGUUAAGCCGCUGUAAGAGUGUUUGUGCAGCUUUUUACAGAAAUACCUGACACAAAAAAAUGUUGACCACACRUUUAUUACCUCAUCUAUUGCCGGCAAUAUUGUAUUGCCUUGUCAUUUGGUUAACGCCCACAUUGGCACAGCAAACAUUCAACAAACUGUGUGAUGUAGAAAAUUUUAACGAUUAUUUGUCACAAACCGGAAAAGUGUAUAAUGACGACAGAGAACGCCAAUAUCGGGAAUCGAUAUUUAUUGCAAAAAAAUCGGUUGUGGAUUUGACAAAUAAAUAUGCUGCUUCCGGAUUGAGCUCGUUCCGUUUAGCCAUUAACCCUUUGGCGGAUUUGACACGUCGGGAAGUUGGCAGAUUGACCGGAUCGAGAAUUACAUUUACUGGAGAGGAAAUCACCUCUAAGCACACAAACUUCGUCACUGCCAAGGCGAAUCUACAAAAUCUGCCUGACUCAUUUGAUUGGCGCGAAAAAGGUGGUGUYACACCGCCCGGUUUUCAGGGUUUCGACUGUGGCUCAUGUUGGUCCUUCGCCACAGCUGCUGCACUUGAGGGACAUCUCUUUCGGCGCACCGGCAUACUUGUACCGCUCUCACAACAAAAUCUCGUCGAUUGUGCGGAUGAGUAUGGUAAUAUGGGUUGUGAUGGCGGUUUUCAGGAGUAUGGCUUCGAAUAUAUACGCGAUCACGGCAUCUCGAUAGCAAACAAUUACCCAUACACACAAAUGGAGAAUGCRCAGUGUCAUCGCAACGAUACGGGUAAGGGUGUACAAAUACGUGACUAUGCGCGCAUUAAACCUGGUGAUGAGGAAAAAAUGAAAGAGGUCAUUGCAACGCUCGGUCCAUUAGCGUGCUCCAUCAACGGUUCGCCCAUAUCUUUUGAGCAAUACAUGGGCGGUAUAUAUGAUGAUAAUGAAUGCAAUCAAGAAGAGGUGAAUCACUCCGUUGUAGUGGUCGGUUAUGGCACCGAAAAUGGUCGMGACUAUUGGAUUAUUAAGAAUUCGUAUUCGGAGAAUUGGGGCGAAGGCGGUUUUAUGCGCAUGUUGCGAAAUGCGAAUAGUUUUUGCGGCAUUGCGAGCGAGUGCAGUUAUCCGAUAUUGUAGAAGUAGUUAAGGAAAAAAAAAAAACCAAAAAAAAAAAAACUAAAAUAUUUGAGGAGGCAUGGCACUAUUUAUAAGAAAAUUAGUAUUAUAUUGUUUAAUGCAAUGAAAUGAGUUCUAGCAAAA